AUGAAUGGCCGCUCAAAAAUCCCCAAUUUACCUGAAGAUAUUGUCAACUGUAUCCUAUUAGAGCUUCCUGUGAAAUCUCUUUCACGAUUCAAAAGUUGCUGCAAAUCAUGGCGUUGUUCUAUCGAUGAUGCUGACUUCAUCAAGUUCCAUCUACAUAAAUCAUCUGUCGAUACUAGUCGUCAAAAAUUUGUCUUCCUUAAUGUUAAUCCUCAAGGAGAAACACGGCAAUAUAAAAUUGUGUCAAUAGAAGCAUCAAUUAGUGGUGAUUCAAAAUUUGUGUACCUGGACGAACCCAAUAUCCCCGGAUUCUGUAGUAACUAUAAAUAUAUUGAAGUGCUUUCAUGCAGUGGCUUGGUGUUUAUGAUGGCAUACGAUCCUGGCUAUAAUAUGACAUUAUGGAAUCCUGCAGUUGGAAAAUAUUACAAACUCAUUCCAAAUUCUCUUCUCAGUCAAAAGUAUUUUAAUCCUUUUUCGACAUCUCCAGUAUUUGGUUUUGCCUAUGAUUUUGUGGCCGAAGAUUACAAAGUUUUAUGUGUACAUCUGUACUUGAAAAACGAUAGUCUAAGACAUCCACGUUACUUUGUUGAAGUAUACUCGGUUAAAAAUCAAUGUUGGAGAACAAUUCACAAUAUUUUUCCUGGUCCCUCUGAUCCUUUGCCACCGCACAUAUACCAUGAUCAAGUUUCAUUAAACGGUGUUAUUCACAGAAUAGCAUAUAACUGGACAAUACACAUGAUUAUAUCUUUCCAUCUAGCAGACGAAAAAUUUAUUGUAACGCCAGUGCCAAGUACAUGUGGGAUAAAACCGACAUUAUAUGCAUUGGGUGAUCGCGUCUGUGUUCUGGCAACUGUUGGUGAGGAAAUUUUGAUUUGGUCGCCGGAGAAAGAUAGUAAAACUGUCUGGAAUUGUAUCAACAAGUUCCCUACUUUAGUUUCACUUAUUGGAAAGCCUAGUCAUUCGUUGUCAUUCGCAGGUAACUUCAUGUGUGUUAAGGACAAUGGGAACAUAUUAUGGAGAAAGCUUGAGGGUCCUUUUAUUGAGUAUGACGUACGGAAAAAUGAAUAUACUGAAUUUAAGGUGACACAAGUUGGGGACUUUAUUGCAAAGAAGGCUUUGUAUGUGGAAAGUUUAGUUUCCUUGAAGAUUCCGUGGGAUUAA